CAGUCACCCCACUUCCCCGACUUCCCCGAAGCCGCGGUGCAGAACUGGGCGUUGCCGUGGGGCCUGGCCGACCUCCGGCCACAGGCCACAGCCAGUUUCCCCCUUCCUGGCCGUUGGGGGGGGCCUGUCCUGCUGAGCUGUGGAGGGAGCCGCCCGCCUGCCACCGCCAUGGGGCCCGGGGCAGGGGCCCUGGGCCGCCUGCUGCUCACCGUGCCUCUGGCCCUCGCGCUGUCCACGGGGCCCCCGGGCUCCUGGGGCGCCCGGAUCAUCGGGGGCCACGAGGUGACGCCCCACUCCCGGCCCUACAUGGUGUCUGUGAAGUUUGGCGGCCAGCACCAGUGUGGGGGCUUCCUGCUGCGGGCCCGCUGGGUGGUCUCGGCCGCCCACUGCUUCAGCGACAGGGACCCCCGCAUGGGCCUGGUGGUGCUGGGGGCUCACGUCCUGCGCACCUGGGAGCCGACGCAGCAGGUGUUCGGCAUCUCGGCCGUCAUCAGGCACCCGGACUACCAGCCGGCCACCCACGCCAAUGACAUCUGUCUGCUGCAGCUGAACGGCUCUGCCACCCUGGGUCCGGCCGUGGGGCUGCUGCCGCUGCCUCGCAGGGACGCCAGGCCCCUCAAGGUGGGGGCGCGGUGCCGGGUGGCCGGCUGGGGCUCCGUAUCCGACUUCGAGGACCUGCCGCCAGGGCUGAUGGAGGCUGAGGUCCGCGUGCUGGGCCUGGACGCCUGCAACGGCUCCUGGAGGGGCCAGCUCAGCCCGGCCAUGCUCUGCACGCGUAGCGGGGACCGCCGGCGCCGCGGCUUCUGCUCGGCAGACUCCGGGGGGCCCCUGGUGUGCAGGAACCGGGCCCACGGCCUCGUGUCCUUCUCCGGACUCUGGUGCGGCGACCCCAGGACCCCCGAUGUGUACACGCAGGUGUCUGCCUUCGUGAGCUGGAUAUGGGAUGUGGUUCGAGGGCCCAGCGGCCCCCCUCCCCAGGCCCCGGGGUCCCUGCGGGAGCUCCCUGACCCACAGCGGGCCUGGCUACAGAAGUGAGAUGGCCAAGGAGCCCCGGGGAGGCCCGGCGUGUACGGGGCGGGGGCUGCGGUAGGAGAGGGCUCGGCUUCCAAACACAAAGGGCCAAAACGACCAAAUAAAACAUUAACUGAAUAACCAGA